AUGAUGAGACAACGAUUAGCUAGCAACGCUCGUUUUUGGGUACCUUUGGUUACUCCGAAACGUUCUCGUGUGCUGAAGACGUGCCAGACCCUUACAAAAUCAUGUGCAUCUGUGGGUUGUUAUGGAUCAUCAUCAUUCAACUCGUCCUCAGCAUCAUCUCAAUUGAAUUUGCAUUCGAGAGUAUACUCUUCCUCUCCAUUAUGUCCACAAUGGCCUGAACAAGAAGAUGCAAGCCAUUCGUUCAGCGAGUUUCGAAACAACAAGUCACUCUCAUCACAACAAUGGCAGGAUUUGGAAAAGGAAGUAAUUCAUACCCAUGAUCGGUUGGACCAAGAUCUUUGCCAGUACACACUCCGAGAACUGUUGACAAAGCAGCAACAAUUUCCACCAGUGACAGCUCCAGAAACUGGUCCUACUGGAAUCUAUACGUACCAGUUUCAGCAGGAUCCAAAUCGUCCGGAACGAAUGGUGUAUACCCGUCACACUGCCCUCGUCUUGGCUCAAGAAAACCAGGUGGAUCAAGUAGUCCUGUACUUGGAACCCAGCGAUCAAGUCCUUUCGAUGUCUCUUUCUGUCGAUGAAUCCAUGAUUGCCUACUUAAUAGUCAGAGGAGGAGAGGACCCAUCGCCAAAGCUUUGCGUACGACAUGUGGAAUCUGGAAACGAGCAGGAGCUGCCAGUGGGAGAAUUGGUGGCGGUGGAGUUUGGGCCCACUCUGUCGUCCUCAAGUACUAGCGAUAGUGGUUCCUCAGACUACAGUAUCUAUUUACUUGGUUCCGAUGUGAAAGGUAGACCCGAUCGAGUGUUGGUUUCCGCAAUCAGCGUCAACAAAAAAGAAGGUUCCAUCACCAGCACGGAACCAGCAACACUCUUGUAUCAAUCCAAUGACCCUGCUGUCAUGGUGGAUGUACAACGAACGAAAGGGUGCCAAUAUGUCGCCAUUCGGGCCAUGACCAAGACGACUAGCGAAAUAUUUUUGACCAACGGAAGUUCUGUAGUUGCCAAGAAUACUGCCGCUGAAGUAACAUUCAACGACAGAGGUUUUCUGUCGUCCAAUCUGAUACCAGUCAUUUCAAGAACAGAACACCUCCAAUAUCACUUGGAUGUGAGUGACCAGGGUGAUGUCUUUAUUCUUGCGGGUGGAAAUGAUGGCGAAUUUCGGUUGCUAGAAACCACUGUCGACGACCUUCCUUUGAAAGCCUACGAGCUUCCGAAGCAUGAAAUCUAUACUGCUGCUUCUGAUGAUGACCAUGCAAUCUACGACAUUGACCUCUUUCAAGAUUAUCUCGUGUCCUAUCAACGCUCCAAAAUUGACGGGUUACAAAGAAUUCUGGUUCACGAUCGGCAAAAUCCAGGACAUGCCAAAAUAAUUGUACCACUGCCCAUGAUACCAGAGGAAGAAUCGUCCAUGUGCUACCAACUUUCGCCCGGUGGCAACAUGCACUUUCGUUCUAACCAAUUGUGUUUCAAGGUCGAGUCUCCAGUCAAUGCUGGGGGUAUCUAUACCUUUGACUUUUCCACUCAUGAAUUGGAAUGCAUUGGAGAGAGCAGCACCAGCUACGGCUUUGUGGAACGCAGUGAACGAGUCAUGGUACCAAGUGAAGAUGGAACCAUGGUGCCAUUAAGUUUGGUAUACCGAGAAGGUAGCAAUGGUAGUGUCAACAAAAAUAUGAUGAACAAUAAGGACGACAAGGACGAUUCUUUAUUUGGAAAGAUUUUUGGUUCCCUUGGGGAAAAUGAAGGGCGACAGCAGCACUCCCCCACGAAUAUUAUCUUGAUGGCGUAUGGAUCCUACGGAGAACCAACGGAUCUUGAAUACAAUCCUUGGCAUGCCAUGUUGGUCCAACGAGGCUAUGUUCUGGCGUUUGCUCACACACGAGGAGGUGGCGAUUUGGGUCGGGAGUGGUACGCCCAAGGUUGUCGCGAACACAAGGUCCGUUCCAUUGAAGAUUUGGAAGCCUGUGCCAACUAUUUGCGCAGUCGAUAUCACCAUGGGCAAACUUUGGGGAGCGAUCACGGAAAGCUCACAGCCGUCACCUAUUCGGCUGGUGGGGUUUUGGUUGGUGCCGUCAUGAACCGAUACCCCGACCUCUUGGACAAUGUCAUAAUGACGAACCCCUUUCUGGAUGUAUACCAAACACUAAAGAACCCAGACUUACAUCUUACUCAACAUGAAUGGGAUGAGUUUGGUUCUCCGCUUGAGAGCAAAGAGUCCGCUGCCUUGAUCCAAUCGUACUGUCCCAUUUCCAAUUUGUCAUUCAUGUCUGAUUGUCCCAAGACUCUGGUGAUUGGUACGAUUGACGAUGAAAAUGUACCCUUUUGGAACGCUGUGAUUUAUGCCAAGAAAUUGCGAGAAUGUAUCCAAGACAAGGAUAAAGUCCAUCUACACUUGGAAUCUGUCGGUGGGCACCAUUUGGGAGAGAGACGUAUCCAUGUUUCGGCACUGGAAAUGGCCUUUAUCAUUCAACAAUGCGAGGGCGUUGAAGAGGAUGCCGAGCUCUGGUGA